AUGUCGGACUAUUUUCCGGAACCAAUCAUAGAAAAGAUCCUUCUCAGGUUGCCUACCAAGUGUUUGAUGAAAUGCACCGCAGUUUGCAAGUCAUGGAUGUCCCUGAUCAAGUCCUCCACCUUCAUUCGUCUCCACCUCAGCCGCACGAUCCAAGACAACGACGCUCGCCUCCUUCUACUGAACGCGUUCUCCUCGCACCCGGAGAUGAGUAGCAAGUCUUACGCUUUGCUCUGGGAUGACCCUGUUUUUGGUGAGUGCAAGCUUAUAAACCCUAUUACUUACAACAAUGGAACUAUUGUUUAUAAAGGAAGAAAUGUUUCAGCUCAGAGUCUCUUUGUCAUUGGGACUUGUAACGGUCUCGUAUGUCUUGCUCCUGACAGUUAUGUUGAUUCUCCCGUUUUAAUUUGGAACCCAUCUAUUAGAAAGAUUGUGAUUUUGCCUAGCCCACCAUCUAGUAGGAGUAGUGGUAAAAGAUAUGCUUUUGGUUACGAUUCGCGUACCAAUGACUAUAAGGUGUUGAUAAUUAUGAUAGUUGAAACUCGAGGUGAGAUUUACUCGCUAGCUAGGGGCACCUGGAAGAGUCUGAGUGCAGCUGCUACUCCUGUAGAUUUUGUGCUUCCUGGUUUGCAUAAUAUUGCACGGGCAUUGGUCAAUGUCAAUGGCUCUCCACAUUGGUCUGGUGGAAUGUAUCGCCCCUGGGGAAACAGGGGCAACUGCAUUAUGUCGUUUGAUAUGGUCAGUGAAGUGUUUUGCAAGAUAGAGGUGCCUGAAGCUUUGAGGGAACAGACAUGCUGGGUUUCAAAACAUGGGGACUGCCUCGCCUUGUAUAUGCUCGACAGGCUUUCCCCAAGGCCAUCGUUUGACUUCAACAUUUGGGUGAUGAAAGAGUAUGGUGUGGCGGAAUCAUGGACUAAGUUAACCCUACGGCAGGAGGGAUAUCUUUAUAUGCAUGAAUUGUUGUAUUGUAGGCGUGAAGAUCUCGUGUUCGAAAGAUAUAAUGGAAAUUUGCAUACUGUGGAUUGUAGGACUGGUCGAGUAAAAGAUUAUGGAAUUCGUGCAGCGUACUACUUCAUGGAUUAUUUUGUAGAGAGCAUUCUCUUACUUGGCCAAGCCAAUGCUAUAUCAAAAGGGUUUAAGAGUUCUGGAACCUACUGUAAAACUAGUCCAAAUACAUGGUGUCUGCAAAUUUGUAGGGAAGUGACAAUGAGUAACAAUUUGCCUGUCAAUCUUCCUAGCUAUGCUUUGUAUGUUUACUGGAACUGGGGAUGGAACUUCUCUGAAGUUCUGAUUUUGCUCGUUACACCUUCCUUAUCUGGAGAUUUUUGGUCGAUAUGUACUUUACGCCAAGUUCUGCUGUAUUCAGUUUUGUAA